GCUGCUAACAAACCAGCUGAGUGACUUGUUUCCUGCACUGGAGAUGCGUGGAGUCGAGCCUUAUGUUUUUGAAAAAUAAAGUGGUCCGACUGUUUUCGUCAGCAGGUUUAAGGUAGAAAAUGGCAAAACUAGUAGUUUGGACAGCGUUACUUGUGACGUUUGAAGGCUUCAUCGAUGCUUCAAAGAUCGUUGCUCCGUUGGACAUGGCUCUGGACUGUGUUGAUGAUGCGUACGUAGGCUGUGAGGACAAGAUGGAGAACAAAGUAAAGACUGAGUUUCUGCUCAAUGAGAAAAAUGAGAACAGGAACUUUUCACAGGCCUGGACUGAAGCGGAGAAAUACUACAACAGGAGAUGGAGGCCUAAACCCGGGAAGAAACCCUCCAGGACCUUGACUAGAGAAGAAAUCAUGGCCGUUUAUGUAUAUACACUCGACAGUCCACAGAUCUAUCCAGAAUUCAAUGCUGCAGUUCGAUCACAAAAAUUAAGUUACAAGACAUUUAAAUAUCGCGCACUGCACUUUUUCCUCACGAGUGCCCUUAAAAAGCUGAACGCUCUCAAACUCCAAACAGAAAGGUGUCUCACGAGCUUCAGAAGAGUCGACGGCUACUUCGGCCAAGACGUUCUCAACAAGCAGAUUCGCUUUGGCUCCUUCACCUCCAGCUCCAUGGGGCGGUAUCCUCGUCCUGACAGAUAUGGCGACAAAACCUGCUUUGAGGUUUACACGUGUUUUGGAGCAGACGUCUCCUUGUACUCCAAGUUCGGCGAGUCGGAGAGAGAAGCCCUAAUUCCUCCCUAUGAGGUGUUUAAAGUGCCAAAGGUGGAGAAAAGGUCUGAGCAGAAGGAGCUACCGUGUCGGGUUGUUUAUAACUUGAAGAGCACACAAACAGUCAUUUCCAAUUUAAACUGCGCUCUCUUCUGA